UGUAGGGCAGGAGAGGUGGGGUGUUCGAAGCUGCCCAAGGUUCGCCCAUCUCUCCGCACUCCAACCCUAGGCCCUGGGGCAUCUGUCCGCUCUCCAUCUUUGGCGUUCGGAAGGCGAGCGGCGGCGUUCGGCGGCGACGGUAGUCGAACAUUGAUCACAGGCAACCGGCUAGGAUCCGAGAGGUCUCAAAGAAUAAUCCAGGUUUGUCAGUUAAAUCUUGAGAAGAUGGUGCAAUACAACUUCAAGAAGAUUACUGUUGUGCCAUCCGGGAAGGACUUCGUCGACAUUAUUCUUUCCCGCACUCAGCGCCAGACCCCAACAGUGGUCCAUAAGGGAUACGCCAUAUCCCGCCUUCGGAAAUUCUACAUGCGGAAGGUGAAGUUUACUCAGCAGAACUUCCACGAGAAGCUCUCCGCCAUUAUCGACGACUUUCCUCGAUUGGAUGACAUCCACCCAUUUUAUGGGGAUCUCCUCCAUGUGCUCUACAAUAAGGAUCACUACAAGCUCGCCCUUGGCCAGGUCAACACCGCCAGAAGUAUUAUUGGAAAGAUUGCAAAAGAUUAUGUAAAGCUGCUCAAGUAUGGGGAUUCGUUGUACCGAUGCAAGUGCCUAAAGGUUGCUGCUCUUGGUCGCAUGUGCACUGUUAUAAAGCGCAUUGGCCCAAGCUUGGCUUACCUGGAGCAAAUACGUCAGCACAUGGCCAGGCUCCCGUCUAUUGACCCAAAUACUCGUACCAUUUUGAUCUGUGGGUACCCAAAUGUUGGAAAGAGCUCUUUUAUAAAUAAGAUUACAAGGGCUGAUGUGGAUGUCCAGCCGUAUGCCUUCACAACCAAGUCCUUGUUUGUCGGUCACACAGAUUACAAGUAUCUCCGUUAUCAAGUGAUAGACACCCCUGGAAUUCUAGACCGACCAUUUCAGGACAGGAAUAUUAUAGAGAUGUGCAGCAUCACGGCGUUGGCACAUUUAAGGGCCGCUGUGCUAUUCUUCUUGGAUAUUUCGGGAUCCUGUGGAUAUAGUAUUGCACAGCAGGCAGCACUCUUCCACGGCAUCAAGUCAUUGUUCAUGAAUAAACCACUGCUUAUUGUUUGCAACAAGAUUGAUCUGCAACCUUUGGAAGGGCUUCCUGAGGACGACAUGAAGUUGGUAAUGGAGAUGAAGGCUGAGGCAAUAAAAACUGUAAUAGCCCAGGGUGGUGAGCCUAAUGAUGAGGGUGCCUUGUUGACUAUGAGUGCUUUGACUGAUGAUGGAGUAAUAGCUGUGAAGAAUGCUGCAUGUGAGAGGCUUCUGAACCAGAGGGUAGAGAUGAAGAUGAAAUCAAAGAAGAUCAAUGAUUGUUUGAAUCGGUUUCAUGUUGCAGUUCCAAAGCCGCGUGACACUAAAGAGCGGCCUCCUUGUAUUCCUCAGGCUGUCUUGGAAGCCAGGGCAAAGGCCAAUGCAGAGACGGAAAAGAGGAAGCUUGAGAAAGAUCUGGAAAAUGAGAAUGGUGGAGCUGGUGUUUAUUCUGCUAAUCUAAGGAAGCGUUAUAUUUUGGCUAAUGAUGAAUGGAAGGAGGACAUAAUGCCAGAGAUUUUGGACGGGCACAAUGUGUAUGAUUUUGUUGAUCCAGAUAUUUUACAGAGGUUGGAGGAGUUGGAAGGGGAAGAGGGGCUUCGUCUUGAUGCUGAGAUGGUGGAUGAUUUUGAGAUGGAUGGGAAAGAUUUAACCCCUGAGGAGCAAGAAGCUUUGGCUGAAAUUAGGAGGAAGAAGAGUUUGCUAAUCCAGGAACAUAGAAUGAAGAAGAGCACUGCUGAGAGCCGUCCCAUAGUGCCAAGAAAGUUUGACAAAGACAGGAAAUUCACAUCUGCUAGAAUGGGAAGGCAGCUAUCUUCUUUGGGGCUGGACCCCACUGCAGCAAUUAAUCGUACUCGGAGCAGGUCUGUCUCUAGAAGAGGCCGUAAACGGGAGAGGUCACUGGGUAGAGAAGAUGGAGAUGCUAUGGAUCUUGAUGAUGAACAAUCCAACAAGAAGCUGCGUACAAGGUCGAGAUCAAGGUCAAGGUCGAGAUCAAGACCACCUGGUGAAGUUACACCUGGGGAAGGAUUCAAGGACUCAGAUCAGAAACUCAAGGCACUGAAGAUAGCAAAGAAAUCUGUGAAGAAUAGGAAUAAGGCAGCUCGCCGGGGGGAGGCUGAUAGAGUCAUUCCUAACUUGAAGCCGAAGCAUUUAUUCUCUGGGAAACGUUCGAUCGGAAAGACUAGCAGGCGUUAAGAGGUAUGCAAAUGCUAUGCAAAUGGUUUGAAUGUCCAAGAAGUUUGAAGAUGAUGCUGGAGACCUUUUAAGAAGUAGCUAAAAACGUUGUUUGCUUUUGUUUUCCUUUUAACUAAGAAAUUCUGGUCUUCUUUAGCAUCAACGUCUUUGGAUAUGUGUUCUGAAUUUUGAAGAUUAUUCUCAUUUGUUUUUCGUUUUCUUACUAUUGAGUCAUCGGGAAGAUUUUGGCAUAUUUGGUUUGGUUUUUGGAACUGGUUUGUAUCAGAUGUUCUCUAUCAGGUUCCUCUCUGAGUUUUCAGUUGAUUAUAAGCACCCAGAAAAGUGCUGAUCUGGUGAAUUUCUAUCU